AUGUAUCGAGGGGGGCACCAUGCAUCGCGCUCAUCCUCGCGCGUCGCCCUCGCGUCCGCGCUCAUCCUCGCGCUCGCCUCGCGCGGCGCGAGCGCGCUGCAGCGACCGGACGACCCCGACCCCGUCGCCGUGCCCCUGGUCGUCGUAUCGGGCGGCGAGGACGCCCCGGCCGUCGAGCUCCCUUCCGGCGCCUCGCUCAUGGCGGCGGUGAACGAGUACGUCGCGGCGCGCAUCGAAGCGGGCGCCGACGAGGGCGCCGACGAGGGCGCGUCGGCCGGCGCCGCGUCGUCCCCGCGCUCCUCCUCGGAGAACCUCGGCUUCUCCGAGAGAAUAAGCGCGUGCGGAGGCGGCUUCGCGGACGUCGAAGCCCUCCGCGCGGUCGCCUGCCCGUCGUCCCCCUCCGAUCCCGACGCGUACAACUUCACCGCCUACGCCGAGGCGUACGCCGCCGCGCCGCGGACCUUCCCGGACUCCUACCUCACCCCGCCCAGGCUGGACUCCUGCGCCGCGGGUUGCCUGCCGCAGAAAAUCGCGGGGGCGUCGUCGAUACAGCGCAUCGCCGGCGCGCUUCCGUGGCGCGGUAAGUGCUUCACCGCGCCGGCAACGCCCGGGGAGCUCGUGGCGGAGCCCACGGACGGCGACGGGCGCCUCGUCACCGACGGAACGCGGUUUCCGCUCAUCGCCGACGUGGCGAAUCGGGUGGCGCCGCCUCCGAGUCGAACCGACGCGACUGGUGACCAGUCCGAGUCGCCGACGGAGGCGCUCACCGCGUCCGCCGUGCUGUACGAGGGGCAGUCCACGUUCGACGGCGAGCCCGCGCUCAUCAUCGACUACCGCGGGCAAGGCCAGUUCACCUCGUUUCGCGACGAGAUGCGGCACGUGGGUUGCGGGGUUUGGCUCGGUAAGACUUUCCUGACUGGGCCACCCGCGAGCUUGGCGGAGUCGCUGCAGUCGGCGGCGAACGUGAGCUUGCCGGGUCCGAUGACGACGCUCAUCGAGGCGGCGAUGCCGAAGAUCGAGGACGGGGACGCGCCGCCGCACGUCUUGGAUUUCGUGCUGUUCGAGACGGCGGCGUGA